GCCAGUCAUUCUGAUUUGAACAAGCGGACAAGAAAGCAAACUAUUCGGUGCGACAGCACUGCGACUACAGCGACUGCAAAAUCUGCGUUUUUUCGACUGCAAUUCCAACUGAGUGAAGAAGAAUCUAUCGCGAUGUCUCUACUACCAUACGUGUUGGGCUACAACUGCCCUCGCCGCCUGCUGGACCAGGACUUCGGGCUGGCGCUGACUCCGGACGACCUUCUGACCGUGGUGGCGGCGCCCAUGAUGUCGGCGGACUACUACCGGCCCUGGAGGCAGCUGGCCGCGGCCGCGAGGGACGUCGGCUCCACCAUCAAGGCCGACAAGGACAAGUUCCAAGUGAACCUGGACGUGCAGCACUUCUCUCCGGACGAGAUCUCGGUGAAGACUGCGGACGGGUACGUCGUGGUCGAGGGCAGGCACGAGGAGAAGAAGGACGAGCACGGCUACAUCUCCCGCCAGUUCAGCCGGCGCUACGCCCUCCCUGAAGGCUGCAAGCCGGAGGCGGUGGAGUCCAGGCUGUCUUCUGACGGCGUGCUGACCAUUGUCGCGCCCAGGAAGUGUCCGGAUGCCAUCAAGGGGGAGCGCGCGGUGCCCAUCGCACAGACUGGGCCCGUCAGGAAGGAGAUCACCGACAACACCAAUGAGAAGGCUGCAGGAGACAAGAAGAAGAAGUAAUUGGGACUACAGUAUUAUUAGGUUACUUAUUACAAUUAUUUGAACUGAUUCCUACGAAGACUGCCAAUUUGUGUUAACUACUUGUUCCUAUGUUUAAAUAAAGUACUUUUUGUAUAAAAUAUAA